AUGAAGAAUGCUAUGCAACUUAAUAUGAUCUCAGGUUUUAACAUUAACUCCAUUCAAAUUUCCCAUCUCCAAUUUGCAUAUGAUACACUAGUAUUCUUAGAUGUAACUGAAGAGGAAGCUCACAACUUGGUGAUCAUCCUUCAAGUUUUUGAAGCUAUUACAGGCUUGAAGGUGAACUUCACUAAAAGCUCAGUUAUUACCAUUGGUGCAGAUCAUUCAGUUGCUGCCAUUGCUGAGAUUCUAAAAUGUAAAAUUGAAGUGCUACCUCUAAAAUAUUUGGGAAUGGCAAUGGGUGCUGCUUCAAGAAGUUAUAACAUUUGGGAUUCAGUGAUAGAGAAAUUUCAAAAGAAAUUAGCUCCAUGGAAGAGGAAAUUCUUCACUAAAGCAGGCAGAAUUCUUUUGAUGCAUACCUCAUUAUCCAGCCUACCAAUAUAUUAUAUGUCCAUUUUCCAAAUGUCAGUUUCCAUUGAGAAGAAAUUAGACCAGAUAAUGAGAUAUUUUCUUUGGGGUUCAUCAGCUGACAAGAAAAGAAUUAAUUGGGUGGCAUGGGAUAGAGCCUGCAAACCAAAGAAAUUGGGUGGCUUGGGAAUCAGGAAUCUCGGACUCACCAACAAGGCUUUAUUGGCAAAAUGGUCAUGA